AUGGCUUCUUCAUCCAAUGCUAACAAUUCUUCGGAUAUUCUGUCUGAAGUAAAGAAGCUUGCUCUCACCAAAAGUAUCGAUGAGGUGUACUUAUGUAUUCACGUGAAUGUUUUAUACACUACAAGAAAACUGGCCUUUAAUGACGCGCAAACAAUGACACUCGCUGAUAGACGACGCGUAUUUAAAAGAGGUGGUCGACCAGACCAGAGGUGGAUUCAGAAGCCAAGCAGUAGAAAAAUAGAUGAAACGUUUGAUGCUGCAGAAGUUAAGUCUGCAGCUUCUAUUGAGGUUAUCACAAUUGGAGUUAAUAGGCUUGUUAUUGCUGAAAACAGUGCACGAUCCUCUGUUCUUGUGCCACAGUUUGGGGGUAUCACCGUGAAUGAUGUAGCAGUAGCAGCUCCUCAUGGUCAAAGUAAUGGACAGUCGUCCCAUGUUUCAGUUGGAUGUUCUCUAGUAAUAAAUUCCAACUCUUUACAUGGUAAAAAAUGCGUCUACCAACCAAAGUCUUAUGGGAUAGUUUCUGGUGAUGCUGCAAAAGAAACUACCAGACAGGAAACUACAGCUCAAACUGCUGCUUUGAGCCGUUUGUUCAACAAAGAUUUGUUGGAGAAUUUUAAUGUAGACAACUCGACUUACUCCACUACCAAAAUCAGAGCAACAUUCAUCCCAAAUUUGAAAAUGAGAAGUCUGAUAGAGAGGUUUCACUCAAACACUUUGGAUCUCUUUUUAUGUAUGCUGGCCAUGAGGGUGGAGCCUAUGCAAAGAAAAGCUUUGGGAAUGUUUAUACUGCAGUUGGAGUUUUUGUUCUUGGAAGAAUAUUUCUUUGAUUACAGAGAAGCUAAUUUAGAGUAUGAUAACUAUGCAACUCCAACUGCAACUGCAACUUCUACAUACCUGAACAAUGACCCAUAUGGAUAUGGAAACAUAGGAUAUGCAGGUUACUCUAGUAGUAGCUAUCAGCAACAACAGCCAAAUCAAUCAUACCCUCAACAGGUUAGUGACUCUUAUAAGCAGGCUCUGAUGAACGGCCCGAAGCUUAUUGAGCGAGAAAUGGAAUGGUUUAAGAUUUGUGAAAAGGAGACAAAGAAAAAGCUUUCUCCAAAGAAGGCCUAG